UCGGAGCAAAAACUGCAUUCAUGAAAAUCGCCACUCAGCGAAUGUUUUCACGCAAUUUGUGAACAUUUGCAUUUAAUUUGAACAAAAAAUAUCAAAAAUUAGUGUUGUAUUUAUCUAGUAUAAAGCUACCAACUGCUCAUCCGCCACGAUGUCCGACAUCCAGACGUUACAGGACAUGGGUUUCGCAAAAGAGAAAGCUGAAAGGGCACUGGAAGUGACCGGCAACAAAGGUGUCGAAGCGGCCAUGGAAUGGCUGCUGGCGCACGCCGACGAGGACAUUCCGAUGGGAAGCGGAAGCUCGUCUUCUAUUUCGGCCGCAGGCGGCAAUGAGGCUAGCAGCGAUGACAAAACGGAAACGGCAGCCUCGGCGGAAGAUGCACCACCGGUGGCCAAGUCUCUCAAGUGCGAUGAAUGCGGUAAACUGUUCAAGUCUCAGGAUGAGGUAGAGUUCCAUGCGGCUAAAACGCAGCACAGCAGUUUCUCGGAGUCAACCGAAGAGAAGAAACCACUGACCGAAGAAGAGAAAAAGGCUCAACUGGCCCUGUUAGAGGAAAAGAUGAAACGGAAACGUUUGGAACGAGAAGAGAAUGACAAGCGGGAAGCCCAGGAACGCGAACGACUGCGAAUCAAGUCCGGGAAAGAUAUGCUGGAAGCUAAACGCAAAAUGGAAGAACAGGAGAUGAAGAAGAUAAUGGACCAGAGAAGACGUGAAAAGCAGGAAGAGAAGGCGGCUCGGGAUCGCGUCCGGGCCCAGAUCGAAGCAGAUAAGGCAGCUCGCAAAGCUAAACAAGCAGGAGAAUCGCCCAGCCCAGCAGCCCCGGUGGCCGCUCAAGUGACUGUGGCUCCGGCCGUCACAUCAUCGCCAGCUUCAAAAACGUACACUAAUGCCCGGAUCCAGAUCAGGAUGAUGGACGGUACCACUCUGGUGGAGACUUUUGAUGCCAAGGAACAGUUGGCAGCUGUUCGUUUAUUCGUGCAGCUCAAACUGGGCGAAGCCGGAACAUCAUCGUUUGGAUUGAUGACCAACUUUCCCAAAAAAGUUUUUGCUUCAGAUGAUUAUGAUGUUCCUUUGGACAAGCUUGGGUUGGUUCCUUCGGCCGUUCUUAUUGUCACUAAGGCCCCUUGAGUUUAGUUUUAAAGCAAAUCGUCAGUAGAAUGCUUCGAGUUGAUUAAAGAAAAGAAACGGGCAUGUGGUUGUGGACAGAGGAUACAUUUUGUUUAGCCUAAUACCGAUAAAAUAAAAGGAUUCAAUUCAAGUUUGA